CCGCAGUUUGAGAAUCACAUCUGGAAGCAUUUGGGCUGGGAUGAUUGGAGUGAUUUUACGCUCUGCAGCGUUACAUGCGGCAAAGGUGUGCAACAGCGAUUCCGUCGCUGCUUGCUCGAUAAUCCGUUGGUUAACUUCAACAUGCAGCUAAACUUGAAUGCAGUCGCCGAUGAUGAAGAUGACGAAGAUGUGGUUGCCUACGAUGCGCCCAGCAGCGAAGGCUUUGACGACACACAGCUCGCAUACAAUGCGUUAGGCGGCUUCAAUGACAUGGACUUGGUUGGCGCGCCAUCGAGUGACGAAAACAAGCAGCGAAAGCAGGGCACAAUUUCCAAAGAGAAUGGCGACAACUUGCAACAGCUCAACGGCAAUGCGGCGAAAACAGACAAUUCCGCAGCUUUGGAAACUCUUUCAGGCAUUGAGACUGUUGCUGGCACUGCAGCAGCAGCAGCAGCAGCAGCAGCAUCGAACGAGCACAUCGACUACAAGAUUAAUAAGCCACAUAAAUCCAAUUUGCGCAAAACACUAGCAAUGCGAACGUUUGCCACGACAGCGGCCAUCGCUGGCAAAACAGCUAAAACCAAUAAAGCAGAUGGUCGAGCUAAUGAUUCCAAAAGUGAAAACAGUGAAAACAGCAUUGUCAACGAUGAAUUGAUGCGCACUUUCGAAGGUAAUCUCAGAGUGAAUGAGGAGACUUUCUUCAGCAGUGGCAGCACUCUGAAGCUGGAUGGCGAGCAGUCGAUCAAUGGCAAUGAAAGCCAUGAAAAUUCUAAAAGUAAAUCGCGACGCCAGCAUAAACGCCGAAAACCAACGAAAAACUAUUCGACCAUGUUUUGCGAAGGCUACAACAUUGAGCAGCGUAAUUGCAACACAUUCGAGUGCAGCGAUGACAUAAGUGACUUAUUAAAAUUUUACAAAAAGUUCUCCCUGCCAGAGGAUGUGGCAAGUCCCGCUACAGUUGCAAUGCAAUCGUCACCGUUGCUGUCACUUGCAGCUGAUAGUCACAUUGCAACAACAACACUAGCGUUGAAUUCGGUCAUGCCAAGCAUAGCCGUGACAACAUCGUCGGCAGGAGCAGCAGCGACAGUUGACUCGGCGGGCAAUGCGACAACAACAGGCGCCACAUCAGCUACGGACAGCAGCACCGGCUCUGGCUCAGAGACUAGUGCCAGCAGUGCCAGCGUCAGAGCCGCUCAUGUUGCUGGCACAGCAUCGGGUGCUGGCACAUCGAAUUCAAAUGCUGCUGCCAGCAUAGCGACUGUUGCCAACCCGCCACCUUCAACGACACCAGCCAACAUGGGAUACAUUCGCUAUUGGCGCAAUCCGUUGAAUUUCACGAUAAUGCUGACGCUGCGAGUUCGAAACGACAGCAAAACCGCAACAACGAUUUUCUCGAUACGCAACGCCACACACAAUUUGUAUCUGGAAGCGUGCAAGGAUGGCUUGCGAUUGUAUCUGGAACGAGACAGCACCACAGAAAUGCUGCCAUUGAAAUUUAAUUUAUACGAUUACCGUUGGCAUCAAGUGGCCAUCAGUAUACAAAAUGGUGAUUUCAUUUCCAUUUAUGUCGAUUGUUCCUGGACAAAUAGUUUUGUCGUGUCGAAGCGGCUGUACACGCUGCCUCUAAACGCUGAUGUGGAAAUUGGACGCGGCUUUAAUGGCGAGCUGCAACAGUUGCUGGUGCUGCCCGAUAACCAGGAACGGCAGCAAUGCUCCAAUAAGCGGACGUCCAUAAAUGAAGUGAAACGCUACAUUAUCGACACGUUCAUCGAUGAUUACGGUAAUUAAUUGGCGGCGUACGGAUAAUUGAAAUGCGAGCAAAUAACCAAAGGCAACAACAAACAAAUAGAAAAACAUAUACAUACUGCACUAAUUUAUACGUACAUACAUACAUACAUA